AUGAAAUUUAUGACGAGGGUAUUUCAGACUUAGCAAAUGCUCUAUCUAAUUGCCCUAAUCUCUCAAAUUUAGCUCUAGAUUUAUCAUAUAAUAAAUUCAGUGAUAAAGGAAUUUCUGAAUUAGGAUCAGCUUUAAAGAAUUUCAAAAUUUUGUCAGAAUUAAUCUUAAAUCUUAGGUUAAAAUAAUUUCUUUCAAUUUAAUAAAUCUAAAAAUUAUUUGAUUUAAUUCCUAAUUAAACAUAAUGACAAAAAACUUAAAUAUUUAUUAAGCCUUAACAAAAUCACUGCGAACGGUUCUCAUGAUUUAUGGGCAUGCCUAAAAAUUUGCAAGCAUCUACGCAACUUAACUAUAAAUCUUAAAGCUAAAGGUGCUAACUGUGCUCAUGGUUUAAAUUCUGACAUCAUAAAUACUAAUAUCAUGAUUUUGAAGCUCGAUUUAAGAUGGAAUAAGAUAGGAAAGAAUGGUUUGAAGAGUCUUAAAUAAGCGUUAAAAAGCUGUGUGAAUCUCGCAAGCUUAGAGCUUUAUUUGAGCAAACUCAACUUGAAUGCCAAUGAGGUGGUAAAAGUCACAAGAUUAGUUCCAAAAUUAAAUAAAUUAGUAUUUAAACAAAUCAUUAUUGACUGA